GAGUCUGCUUUGCCGUAGUGCGCUUGCUACGCUCGCUCCGCUCUCGCGUCUUUUACGCUUUAAUUUAGUAUUAUUAAUUUUAAAAGUAACUCAGUUUUGUAGUCUCUAAAAUAGUUUUGAAGUGUAGUUUCAAGAUGAUGCUUUUAAUUGAAAAGUUUAUUAAUUUUAUUGUUAGUUUCGUAACACCAGCCUCUGAAGCAGACAAGGAACCUAAGAAGAUACCACCAAACACCGCAAGCAAGAUGUCAGUCAUCAUGGACUCCAUGGACCUGGAGUUGGAAUACUCCCCCAGCAAGUGGUCGAGGCGGUUUCCAUCGUCACAAGAGGUUCUGCAGCAUCACGUCAAGUUUGUCGCUGAAGCUAGCGAUGUAGCAACUAACACCGUUCCACACAAAUUGGAAAUAGAAUAUGGUUCUACCCCUGGACAGAAACUGGAUAUACUAGGCACUGACCUGCCAGAUGAUGCCCCUAUCCUGGUCUACGUUCACGGCGGCUACUGGCAGGAGCUCUCCAGGGAGCUGUCGAGGUACCCUGUGGUUCCCCUGCACCAGUCCAGGGUAAAGACCGUGGUAGUGGGUUACGACCUCUGCCCUGCCGCUACCCUGCCAGAAAUCGUCAACCAGAUUCAGAAUGCAGCCAAAUUCGUCUUUGAAUAUGCAGAGAAAAUGGGCAGCAGAGGGGUGUACUUCGCCGGCCAUUCAGCUGGUGCUCAUCUCGUGGCAAAACUACUGUCCAACGCAGAUUUCCUGGACAGCAGCAUCGGUUCCAACAGACUCCAAGGCGCCUUCCUCAUCUCAGGAGUGUAUGACCUCCGCGAACUUGUCCACACCUCUGUCAACGAAGCAGUUCAGUUGCCCCCUGAGUGGGCCAUCCCCCUGUCCCCCCAAUUUGACUGCUACACCCACCUUCAGAUGAGGAGGCUGCGGGUAUACAUCUUAGCUGGUCAAAACGACAGUCCCACUUUCAAGAAACAAAGCAGGGAGUUCUAUGAACUCCUGCAAAACACCUGCUUGAUGCAGAACAUGUAUUUGGAGAUCAAAGAUGAGUUUGAUCACUUCGACAUAGUGGAAUGCUUUGCCAAUGAGAACAACUACCUCAAGAAUCUGUUGGUGCACGAUAUUCGCAAGCAUUUGUAAGGUAUUUUAGUCCAAAAAAUUGUAGAGUCGCAACAUUUUAAUGCUAUGUUCUAAUGAACAGUAGUAAUAUACAAAAAAGUACAGUUGACAACACAGACGAAACAUUUUCGUUUAGCUUGCUUGUUUCGUACAUGUUUGUGAGUAUCUGCCUCUUUAAAAUGCAAAAGGAACAUUUUUAUUUAAUAAGUUGUAGUUUUUUGGUUGCAGAAAAUAUCUGUUUUUUUUAGUACGAGUACAUACAUGUAAUUAUUUUAUCUAUUAAGAUCUCGAUAAAUUAUCAUCCGCUCAAAUACUAAAUUACAUAGAAAUAAGACAUAACAUAACUAUCAUUAUUUACAAUAAUGAUUUUUUAUUCUUUUAAAUUAUAGAUAUUUAUGAUAGUGUACAACUUGUAUUGUACAACUCCCAUUUUAUUAACUAGACCAACAUAAUUUAUAAAUAAAAUCGAUCCAAUAAUAAAAUAACCAAUCCACUGCAUUUAAGUAAGUAAUAGUGAUUGUUAAGAUAUUUUGACCAUGUUUCUUUUUUAUUAAGAAAGGAAAAUGACCUUCCUGAGUGUACAAUAUUAUUGAAACUGACUGUACAUAUUUUAGACUGACUAAUUAAUAUGAUGUAAUAUGCAGGGUUCUAAUUGUAAUAUAAUUAUUACGUCACAGUCGAUGGCACAUCAAAGUAAGUA